CCGUUCCUCUCCUCCGCCAUCCCCCGUCCGGCCCCGGCGAGAGCUCGGGCGGCGAGGCCCUCCUCCGCCCUCCGCCCCCUCCCCCCUCCCCCUGCCCGGAGGCCAGAUCGGAUCGGCGUGCCCCCCCCCUCCGCCCCGCGACGGGCUCCUGCCCCGACCCACCGGCCCCGUCGUACCAGACGCGGCUCUGAAUCUCCGUCCCCUGCCGGCUGCCGCCGCGCGCUUCAUCGCGCGCUCCGCCGCUCACGCCCCCCCUCCGCCCCGCCGGCAGUCUUUGCCCAUUGGGCUCCAAAGGCCAAGAAAUGGUGUUCCGGAAGAAGUCCGAGGGAGGAUCCGUCGUCCGGCGACCUCGCAAGCGACGGGACACGACUCUGGCUCCGGUGAAGCGCUCCGCGAGGUUAAAGAAAAAGCAGAUGUACGCUCUUGAUCUGCUCGCCACAGUUGCAGAAUCCUUGUCCUCAGAUGAGGAUGAUUAUUCCACCGAAAGCGACCAAGAUGUAGCGGCAGCAAGUCAUAAUUCAGACAGGGCAGCUGUUAAAGCAGAACAAUUUCAUGAAGCCCCGCAGCUCAAUAGCACAGCAUUGGAGAAUGAUUGCUGCAGAGGAUAUACAGUGGGCUGUGAUUGUAUCUGUGCCCCUCUCGGAGAAACUAGCAUACGCAAGACAGAGGACUUAUCGACCCAAAAUGUUGCUGAUACAGUAGAAGGGUCACUAAUAGAAAAGGCAGAUGCGGACAACUUAUUGACCCAAAACGUUGCUGAUGCAGCAGCAGAGCCGCUGAUAGAAAAGAAGCCAGAUGUGUUUGCUGAGGGCUCAUUGGUUAGUUGUACAAAACCAUCUCUGUUGGAUUGUGGUCUUGGCACAAUUCCAGAGUAUGGAACUAUUGGGGUAUGCCAUCCUUGUUUCCCGACAUCAGCAGACGUUAAGCAAGUGCAUCAAGCCACACCUGCAAUAAUCGGAAGUCUGGUAGAUGGCAAUGCCGCAGCUCUGCAUGGUUUGGUUGACACCAUGGAUCUGGAUAUCAAACCUUCUGUGCUUAAUUCUGAGAGUAGCUCAGGAGUGCACUUGGGUGGCCAUGACAAUGGCCAUAACUCUUCACCAUUCUAUCCGGUUCAAGUGCAGCAUGCUGCAGAUAUAGAUAAUGAUGAAAAAUCCACCAGGUGUGUGCAUCCAAGCACCUCAGGAAGUAAGGGUGGGCAUUUGUCAUAUAAAGGUGACUGUAGAACAAGGAGAUUGUUGUCCACCAGGAUGAGGAAGGCAGCUCGUAAUAAGAUGUGUGGAGAGCUGCCUAAUAAAGGUAGCAAGUUCGGUGGAAAGAAGAUAUCCGCUACACGUCGAAGGGCGCAGAUGCAACGGAUGCUCAAGACAAAAAAAGUAGUUGAAUGCUACUCUGCACAGCCAUCUGAUGAAGGGGUCCUAACUGAAACCAGUGGGACAUCAUGCUCCAGGGGAGGUCAGGAUCCAACUUGUGCUUCUGAGUCCAGUCAAAGAAAGCCAUGUGCUUCUGAGGGCUGUAAUGUCAAGUUCAUCAUCAAGUCUUUCAACAUUCCUGAGCUAUCAAUUGAGGUCCCUGAAAAUGCAACAGUUGGUUCAUUGAAGAGAAUUGUAAUGGAUGCUGUUACUAGUAAAAUUGAAGGCAGCCUCAGUGUCAGUGUGCUACUUCAAGGGGAGAUCAUUCAAGAUGACAAUAAGACGCUUCAUCAGGCUGGGAUUUGCCACGGGGCAAAACCAGAUAGCAUAGGCUUCACACUGGAAUGUGAAGCUAAGCAAGAUUCUCGUCCUUCAGGACUAGCACCUGAAGAGAUGGACUCCGCUGGUCCAUCUGUUGUGAAUCCGCUAUCGAAGAUAAAGUUCGAACAGCCUUUUAUAAGCUGCACUCUGGGUGAUUAUCCCUGUGAAGGGGCUGCGCAAGUCAGGUCAGAAAUCUGCCAAGCGAUCGUCCCCUAUGGGACUUCAAACCCAGAUGCGCUGGCCAUCGUGCCAGUUGUUCCCAGGUCAAGACAGAGGGAUUUCGGGCAAAGGCGUAAGCGGAGGCCCUUCUCCGUUGCUGAGGUGGAGCUACUGGUGGAAGCUGUGGAGCUGCUUGGGUUCGGCAGGUGGAAAAACGUCAAGAACCAUGCGUUUCGCGACAACGAGGAGAGGACCUACGUCGACCUCAAGGACAAGUGGAAGAACCUGGUGCACACGGCGAGCAUCCCCCCGCAGCUGCGGCGGGGGAGGGCGAUCCCGCCGCAGGGCCUCCUGGACCGCGUGCUGGCGGCGCAGGCCUACUGGACCGUGCACCACGCCAAGCGCGACGAGGAGGAAGGCCGAGACUAGACCGACCGAUCCGUCCAUCCUCCCCGUGUAAAAAAAAAAAGAAGAGAGAAAGAGAAACGAAGCAAAUGCGUGCGCCUGGUGUUGCUGGAUGAGAGUCAAAUGGCAAUGUGUGUACCUAGGGUGCGCAGAGACCCCGGAGCGGGUCUGGGCCGCGUCUUGUUCUGCGACUGUUAUGUAUGGUUUCUAUCUUAGUAGAUUGUCAGUCAGCCAAAACCUGGUGCCGGUUCUGUCUGGGUUUGAGGACCAAUCUGUUCGGUGUAUGUAACUAGAAAAUUUAUGAUGGUAUGAAGAUGAGGCAAACUCUUUGCCUGUCUGUCUGUCUGUCUGUCUGUCUCAUGAUGAUGUCUAUGAGAGGGAGGGAUGUGGUGGUGCUCAGGAAA